UAAAACUGAAAUCAAGGAGAAGGGUGGGGGCCGUACUUAGGUUACUUUUUUUUUUAAUAUGUUUGGGAUUCUGUUGUUUAGUUAAAACCUCAACAGCUGGUCUGGUCUGGUCCAUUGUGGUGUGGGGUCGGGUCAAUCUCUUCGCUUUUAUUAGUACUACAACCACAGAAGAUCUUCUCUUCAUUUUCUUUUCCCGCUUCUUCUUCAUUUCUUGAAUUUCACAGCCACUCACCAUGGAUCAUAUGGGGAAGAUGAAUGAGAGAUACUGUCCUCCCAUGGCCAUGGACAUCAUCAAAGAAGGAAAACCCAUCUCUAAAUUCCAGCAGCAGCAGCAGGAAUCUCCAGUUUCUAAUUUCAUCAACAGUCUUUCUCCCAUCAACACACUUCAAUCCAUUCGUAUUAGUCAAGCAUUCAAUUUCGCUUUGGUUUCUCCCAUCUUUCCUUCACCUCCUCCUAAGAACGGAACUCAAAACUCGAAAACUCAAUUCUGUAAUCAAUCGAAACCUCAGUUUUCAUCUGAAGAAGGUAAUCAUGAUCAAUUUACAUUUGAAUCACCAUACGAGAUAGAACAGACCAAUCACCAUCAAGAAGAAACCAGUAGUACCGUCAUUUGUGUCAGUCAAACAGAAACAGAGCAGCAAUUCGUUAAUGAAUCUAUUAUGGAUGACAUACAACGCAGUGUCAGUAGACGUUGCCUCGUAUUUGAUAUGACCGGAGGAGCCGGAGUUCAUGACGAUCCGUUGUUUGUUAAUCGGAAUGAUUCUAUUUCUAAUUCGUCUCUUCACAUCAUACCCGGAAUCGGUUUAUACCUAAAUGAUCUCCCAAGAACUGAAAACGAAGAACAACUAAGGGGUCCUCUUCUUAAUCAGCUGAAAAAUAAGAGGCGUAGGCGAGAAAAAAAGGAAGAAACGGACGGCUGCAAACGAUGUAGAUGUAAGAAAUCAAAAUGUCUGAAACUUUACUGCGAAUGUUUUGCGGCGGGUGUGUACUGUAGCGAGCCUUGUGCUUGUCAAGAAUGCUUUAACCAAGCUAUUCACGAGAGUAUUGUUCUUGAAACGCGAAAACAGAUUGAAUCUCGAAAUCCACUAGCAUUUGCUCCUAAAGUGACCACAUCAGUUGAUUCUCUUGUUCUUUCUAAUGGGGAUCAUCAUCAAUAUUCUGUUAAGACUCCAGCCUCAGCUAGACGACAUAAGACUGGAUGUAACUGCAAGAAAUCGGGUUGUCUGAAGAAAUACUGUGAAUGCUUUCAGAGUGGAGUUGGAUGCUCCUUCAAUUGCAGAUGUGAAGGAUGCAAGAAUGUGUUUGGUGGUAGAAAGGAAGGAUACAUAGAAACUGAGUUCAUAGAAGAAGAAAUCAUGAUACCCAAACAACAACAAAUUCGAACAUCCGAAUCUUCAAAUUUUCUUGGCAGCCAGAGUUUCUUGAUGCCAAACAUUAUCCAUCAUCACCACCACCAUCAUCCAUUUUUGUUCGAGAAACAAUUGCAGACAGUUGAUGAAGUUGUAAUGCCCGACAUUCUGAAAGAUAGAUUUUCUCCUGUCAAAACGACAUCGUCUUCACCAAACAGUAAGAGAGUUACGCUUGCACAAAGAUGGAGGCCAGCAGCUAGGAAGUUGACCCUGCAGUCUAAUAUCAAUGGCCACAAUUAUCGUGACUGAAAGAUUUAUUUUUUUCUUGUAUAUGUAUGUAUGUAGAUUUGUUUUACUGUUAGUGUCUAUCUUUAAAGCUCUGAUUUUUCCUUCAAGGACAAACAGAACUCUGUUCCUUCGUCCAGCUAAAAACAAAAUUUAAC